CUAUAUAUAUGUGGUACGAUUUUCUCUUGCAUCAUACUAAGAUCCACUUGCCUUUAAUUUGUUUAAAGAUUUAAGUUCGCAUGUUCUUUUAUAUAUAUAUAUAUAUAUAUGAGAGAGAGAGACCGGUCUCUUCUUUGUUAUUGCACUGAACUUAAAAAGUGCCAAAAAAAAAAAGAGCAACAUUUUAUCUUCUCCACAGCAAUGCCUGCAACAUGUGGAGGGAAAGGAAAUGUCACAAUAUAUGCAGCUCUGAUGCUUCUUCUUCUUCUUCUUCUUGUUCUUCUUCUUUCGGCAUCAGUAGACGCGGCGCGAAACUCUUCCGAAAUAUAUGAAAACCAAAGGACCAGCCAAAACAACCCUCUGAAGCUGACUCCUCAAAUUUCAGUUCAAAUUAAAGUCCAUGCUUUCCUCCUCUGGGCUUCCUUUGGUUUCUUGAUUCCUGUUGGAGUACUUAUCAUCAGAAUGUCAAACAACACUAAAUCUGCUAAAAGUCUGAAAAUUCUCUUCUUUUCUCAUGUAAUUGUACAGAUAAUAUCAGUCCUUCUUGCUAGUGCUGGAGCAAUUUUGUCAAUCAAAAACUUCGCGAACUCGUUCGAGAACACUCAUCAAAGAAUGGGUUUGGCACUCUAUGGAUCUAUAUGGCUUCAAUCAGUGUUUGGGUUCUUUCGACCGAAUCGGGAACUUAAGCUAAGGAGGGUAUGGUACUUUGUGCAUUGGCUUCUAGGAACUGGAAUUUCCAUUUUGGGGAUAGCAAAUACAUACAUUGGUCUACAAACCUACCAUGAGAGAACCACAAGAAGUGUGAAGUUGUGGACAACUAGUAUAAAAUCCGCGCUUCGCUGCGGCUAACGGUUAAUUUUACAUUAUAAUUAAGUAAAAUUAUAAUGAAUAAAACAAAAAAAAAUAUAGUUAAAAAAAUAUAAACAAACAAAGAUUUAAGAAAAAAAAUACAUGCCCAGAAAAUAUUAUAGAGCAUUUAAUCAUUUUUAUUUAA